UCCUCCUAUCCUACCCACCAUGUCAACUGUCGCAGCUGCUCGCUAUGGUAAGGACAAUGUCCGAGUCUACAAGGUCCACCGCGAUGAAAAGACCGGUGUGCAGACGGUCUACGAAAUGACCGUCUGCGUGCUCCUGGAGGGAGAAAUUGACACCUCCUACACCAAGGCCGAUAACAGCGUUGUCGUCGCCACCGAUUCUAUCAAAAACACCAUCUUUAUCCUCGCCAAGCAGAAUCCCGUCACUCCCCCCGAGCUGUUUGGCUCCAUUCUCAGCACCCACUUCAUCACCAAGUACAAGCAUAUCCACGCCGCCCACACCAGCAUCAUCUGCCACCGCUGGUCUCGCCUCGACAUCGACGGCAAGCCCCACCCGCAUUCCUUCAUCCGCGACAGUGAGGAAACCCGCAACGUCCAGGUUGACGUCACCGAGGGCCUGGGCAUUGACAUCAAGUCCACCAUCAACAAGCUCACCGUGCUCAAAAGCACGGGCUCGCAGUUUUGGGGCUUCGUGCGCGAUGAGUACACCACUCUGCCCGAGGUGUGGGACCGUAUUCUGAGCACCGACGUCGAGACCAACUGGCAGUGGAAGCGCUUCCCUAGUCUCCAGGAUGUUCGCGACAAUGUGCCCAAGUUCGACGCUACCUGGGAAACUGCCCGGAACGUCACUCUCAAGACCUUUGCCGAGGACAACAGCGCCAGUGUGCAGGCUACCAUGUACAAGAUGGGUGAACAGAUUCUGGCGUCUCAACCGCUGCUGGAGACGGUGGAGUACUCACUGCCUAACAAACAUUAUUUUGAACUUGACCUGAGCUGGCACAAGGGCCUCAAGAACACCGGCAAGGACGCCGAGGUGUUCGUUCCCCAGACCAACCCUAACGGGUUGAUCAAGUGCACUAUAGGCCGGGCUGACGGCCUCUGGAAGUCCAAGGCUAAGUUAUAAGCUGGUCUUAUACGUUUCGUUUCUUCUUUAUUUACUACCCGACACGGAGUUGGCACGGAAAUCUUGUACAUAGCGGGGAUCAGGAAUACCAUUCACUUUCUAUCGGCAUUAACCAAGUAAGAGAUCAAGAGGAUAAAUGUAGACCGAAUCCAGACAUUUGCGAAGAAAGAGAAAAAAAAAAAAUGUUGUUUUUUUUUUUUUUCCCAUGUACAAACUAACUCCCACCCAUGCG